AUGAGUGAAGGUCAUUCCAUCAGUCAAAAGUAUUGGUUUUCUACCAUUAAACCUGGCACGUCUGCUCUCGCUCACUGUAAUAUGGAGACUGAAGGUGAGUUCACUUUAAAUUUAUAAGUGAUAAGAUCCGUUUCAGUCGGUUAUGGACAAACAAAGGUGAGGAAGAGAAGACAAUGCUUUGGAGGUGAGGAAUGAGUUAGCGUAUAACUGAAUGAUCCCGGGGACUAACCUUAAAAGGAUUAAGGCUCUUUCAAGUAUAUAUUGUCCAUUUUGCAUCCUUUGUAUUACUUUACACAUGCAAAUGUGAAAUAGACAGAAAAAUAGGCUGCUUGCUCCAGGGGUGCUCCUGAACGUCUAACCAUUACUUUUAUCAUUCAGAUAUUGACGAAUGCACUUCAUCUGUUCGUCUCUGUGACGUCAAUGCGACUUGCACCAACAAUAACGGAUCUUACCUCUGUACUUGCAAGAUUGGAUUUUCCGGUGACGGGAAAACUUGCAAUGGUAGGAAAAGUUGUUUCCGAGAUCAUUUCUAAUGCAAGUUGAGCUCGAUUUAGAUUCUCUUUGAGAUAAGAUGAGGACACACUCGACAAGUUUUAAUGCCUUGAAAUCUUCAUUCAUAAUAUUUUAACACCUUGACGCCAUCUUAACACUGAGCACUGAGACGUGCGGAAUCAUUGUUGCAAUGGCAAUUUUGCAAUUUUACAUGUGAAAUCAUAAAUUAACGCGUAAUUCGUCACCCAUUAUAGUAUGCCUAAUAUGCAAUGGUAAUCACAUUUACUGGUGAGGCUUUUAAGUCUAAUUUAAAAAGUUUGUUUGAUAUGUUUGUUUUUUGAGUAAACCGGUAACAACAGCAAUACAACACCCAGGAAAAAAAUUGCAGUAAUCAGGGCCGCUUGGAGUAAGCAAACAGACAAGUGAUGUCAAUCAGUCAGAUUAUGUAAGCAAUGAAUAAAAAUAAAGUACAGGCGCCGGUUGCACAAACGCUGGAUAGCGCUACCCAACGGAUAGUCAAUAAUUACGCUUUCCACUUGAUAGAGAUUUAUCGAGUGGAUAUAGGGUUAUCUAUCUUUUGAACAACAGAGGCCAGGUCGGCAAGAUGCACAAAAUCGUAAGAUGUGCCUAAGUGCGAUUUUUUUGUUCAAUAAGUGCAACAAUAUCGACUGUUGAAACGUGCGAUCUUUUUUUUUUCUUUUGUCAAGCUUCCAGCGGGAAUCGAACCCACGACCGGUGGGUCGUGGGUUCGAUUCCCGCCGGGGGCUCGGAUUUUUUCCGAGCAUUUCUUAGUUGUACCUAAUAUCUAUUUCUAAUUUGAUCAAGCUUAAAAUAAUUAAUUUCGGCCGUUUAACUUGUUUCCUCUUUGUAAAGAAAACGGUUACACAGGUUAUGAUUACGCUUACUUGUAUUGUUCCCUUUGUGUAGAUAUUGAAGAGUGCACCCGCGGUACUCACAGCUGCCACAGUUCACUUGCUUCAUGUACAAACACAGCGUGAUCCUUUAGUUGCACAUGUAACAGCCCUUCCAGCGGAGAUGGCAGAACUUGUAAUGUACCAUCAGGUAAUCAACUCGCCAAAUAUUAGGAAGAUAUCCAUUAACUAGGAUAUAGACCGCUAGUCGGAGAAAGCAGAACUCGCAUUAAUAUUCCAUACGGUAAUUAAUCACCAAGAAUUAGGAAUGUGUUCAUUUACUAGACCCUUAUUUACUCUCGUUAGAAGCACAGCACUCUAACGUUGAUUGUUUAAAGAGGGUUCCAGUUUAAUGCAAAUAUCACCGAGAUCUCUUGUCGAUGAAGCCGAAGGCGAGAUCUGAUCAAUUAAUCAAGAGGGAAAUUCAAUUUUCUUUUUAAUUAGCCACUCAAACGACCUAUAUACAGUGAGGGAGUGACAUGAGUAUUGCCAUCAGCGCGCGCCAUGGUUUCUGCAAUUCAUUCUUCACAAAAUCUUUUUCUGUUUUUUUUUUUCCCUUUUGCUUGCCUCAUUACGACGCACGGAUACGUGUAUCGAUCAUGACCGGCUUUGCACAAGCCAAGGCCCGUUGAAGAACAAGAAAAUGGAAAAGUUUUCUUUUUAAUAUUUCUAACGUAAGUGAAUGAUUGUAUCACAACAGUUUACUUUACUAGUGACUUCUAGCGUGUAGGGGUCGGAUUGUCCAUACAUAGCCGGUUUGAUUGUGCAUGAUACUCGUUUCGUAGCUACGAAACUAAAAAACUUCUGCGAAGAGAUUUAUCGAAUGGAUAGGGAAACCAUCCAAAAAGCUACGAAACUUCCUCGAGGGUGCUAAUGGAGGCACCCAAUUCUCAGUUAACUGAUAAUUUUUCAGCCAAAUAUAAGUAAACUACUAUUUUUUGGGCAAUUCUCGGUUAAUUACUAAUUUCGGUUAGCUAUUAACUUUCACUUUCCUAUAGCGAAUAUUAUUCCGUCAUAACCCGAAUUUUCUAAAAUCAAGGUAUAAAUUUUACAUGAAUUUACAUAAACUCCACCACUAGUAAAAUUUAUAAGUAACUGAAAAUAUAGAAAAGAACAUACAAUUAUCUAACCGAAGUAGUAAAAAUGAGUAAGCGAUGGCUAUUAAGACCCCUAUUAACUGAUCUUUAGAUUAAGUCGUAUAGCCAUCAAUAUGACACCAGCCUCAAGAUCCAGACGCACCAGUCAUGAUCUCGUACUGAUCUUCCCGACCUGGUCAUGCAUUUCCUGCCAUAAACUACUUCAAAGUUACUUUCUUCGUCACAUUCACUGAUCUUUAGAUUAAGUCGUAUAGCCAUCAAUAUGGCACCAGCCUCAAGAUCCAGACGCACCAGUCAUGAUCUCGUACUGAUCUUCCCGACCUGGUCAUGCAUUUCCUGCCAUAAACUACUUCAAAGUCACCUUCUUCGUCACUUUCAUUAUCUGAAACAGUCUCGUGUACUUAUCCGGUUGCUGUAUGUCCUGUAUCUUGUUGGGUCCUUGUUGUUGGCCUAAAUUUCAAUCCAUUUUCAAUCCUUCAAUUCAUUGCAACAGACGACGGGAAAAAAUCAAUGCCAAAAUAUACUCUUAAAUAACGAAACUGGACCAUUAUUUUUGGAAUUCAAUUGGUGCAAAAAAAGUUUCAGCUUUUUAAAAAGAUAGCAAAUAGCAUGACAAGUACCCGUAGUGUCGGGUCUGAAGGGACUUAAUGUAGGAUAAUUAGAUGCGAAAUGAGCGUUAACACUCUAGAAAAAGAAGGACUUGUUUUGCAUAUAGGACAGUGACGUGGUGAACGGACUAGUAGGGAGACUUUUGACGGAACUAAGGGCGUAUAAUGUAACCGUUUAUUGAGCUUGAUUCGCGACUUCACAGUACCGUAACGCUGGUGGUAAAAAUCCCACUUGUGUUAUCUUGAGUUGAUUCGCUUUUUAUGAUUCGUUUUCAAACAGGGCGAAAGUUCUCUAUCCAGUCCCUCAUCACAACUUCAACUUCUUUUGGUACUAUUUGCACCGAUGGGAGAGACAUAGUUGAAAGUGCUGAUAGAGGCAUGAAAGUAUUUGACAAGGCACAAUUCGAUUUUUCUUGAGUGCAGCCCUUCGAAUUCGUAGUUCUUUUAAGCGAUUCCUUCAUUGUGGUUUCAAAGUCUUGUGCGUACGUAGUUUAAAGCACUAAAUGUUUUGUGUUGAAGUGAGAAACAGCGUGUAGGUUUUCCACCUGUGUUAUCAGAAGUUUUUUGUACCUCGAUACAGAUUUUGUCGACAUCCUCUUUCGCGUCCCUGUGUUACCUUUUUUUCACAGACGUACCUUUUUCGCACGUAUUUCAAAAGCGUCAUAAAGAUAUCCAAGGGUUUUAAUGAACGAACUUGUUUCAGAAAGACAGGUUUAAACACGAUCUUAAUAGCCUCGAUAGUUAGAACUGCAACAUCAGCUACAACAAUGAUUUUUCGUAAGUACAAAUUACAUGUACUUUAAAGAAAGAUGUUGAUUUCUUUGAGCAAUCAGAAGAUCUAAUGCUUAGAGUUAGCUUUUUUCUUUGGGUAGUAAUGUUUAACGUGACGUUCUUUGGGGUCCGUGAAGACAGUUCUUUCCUUUUCCGAACACAAAAAUCUUGUUCCUUGAGUUCUCAACAACCAGCUGCUCUAUGAUUGACCCUUUCUGUUUGCCGGGUCCGGGUACUGCCCAGGCGCCUUUUGUGCAUACUAGUAUGUGUUAAUGUGCCACCGGGUGAUCAGCGGGACAGAAAGAAGGCAGAAAAUAGCAUUUCUCCUUGCAAAACUUUGUCGCAUUCAUUAACAUCAACGAUCGUAUAAAUAGAAUGUCACUUAACUGUUAAAUUUUCGUUUCUGAGUUAACUACUAUUUUUUUGGCCAAAUAUCAGUUAACUGCUAACCCCAUUAGCACUCUCUUAUCAGUGCCGCGAAAGUGUAUAAUUGUGUGAUUUCCAAAUAGCUUUGACAGGCAGAACUCAGGUCUGUGGUCGCGUGGUUGAGUUAUUGCACUAAAAUAUUCUGUGCCAGCAAUAAAAAAGGUUUCGUCGGUGUUUAGCUUACUGAGCUUUGUUGAUUGUGCCUUGCAAAAUUAAUUCUCUUCUCAAGACAAUUAGAUCUAGGUCUAGUUUCAGAGGGCUCUUUGGCUUUGAACUAUAGGCCGGUUUUGGCAGAUAAAAAGAUGAUAAUUUGUGUACUAAUGCUGCGAUCAAUUCCUUGUCUAUUCCAUGCGAAAUCCAGUCAUUUUUCGGACCGCGAAAAAGUAGUGUUUUGAUAAGUAUUUAAGUUGUUAUGCAAGCCUAAACCAGCCACUUUUUGGCUGCAUUUCACUUAGCCUGAAUUUCAUCCGAUUACUUCGAGUCGUUGUUACUCCCUCAGUAAAACCUCCUUUAAAACUUAUCGAUAUUCAGUAGGGGUAUCAUCCAAUGGACUUUACAAAUUCAAUCACUUGAGGCGGAGGAGUGGGGGCCUUUAAUUCGGUCUGAGGAAAAGUACGAGUUAAAAUGACUAUACAUUAACAUAUUCACCAAAAUUUGUGGGUUUUUUAACUGAGAAAUCACCAGACUAAUCCAAUUUCACGACUGUUUAUUCAUCGAUCCAAGGAUAAGUUGGUCAAGUCACUCUUACAUGUACCAGCCACUGACCGGUUUGCAAUUCCGCAAAAUUAUUAAUAAUUUAUAUCAUUUCCCAUUAUGUCGCGUCGUAUCGCACUUAGAUGUAGUGAUACUCUCUUCAAACGUUUUUCCCUCUUGUACGAUUCAGAAUAACUGUGGAAAUUUCUUUAAUUUGGAUAGCCGUUUUGAGAAGGCAGGUAGACGCUUAGGGCCUGUUUACAUGGAGGUGGGGGUCCCCAGGUUAGUGAGGUGACCCUCUUAGGUAGGGUAACCCGCCUGUCCAUACAAUCUCUCAAUGGUCACCCCCACCUAUCAUGUAAGCUUGAUCAAAUUAAAAUGACAGAUUAUAUGGACAGGCGGGUUACUCACCUACACGUGAGCAGGUCUUUAAACUGUGUACUUGAGGUUGUACAAUGUAUUUGCAUAAUGAUAUCUGACCAACCUUUGUUAUUUUGGCUGCUUUUGUUUUCCCAUUUUAUUAUUAUUAUUAUUUUUUUUAUAUAAAAAGAGCAAACCGUUAUUUAGCAAUCCUAUUGAAAUGAAAUAUUUAGCUUGAAUAGUAACAGUUUAUCAGCCUACCUCAUAAAAUGGCUUUUCAGCCAACUUUAAAAUUGCAAUUUGAUUAUUAAAUCAUAAUUAUUAACGUUACAAUAUGUCAAAUUUAUUGGGAAAAAAAUUAAAUAAGGAAAUGACUCUUCCAUGGCUUUUUCACCUCAGCCUUAAGCUGCUCGAGAUUCUCUAUAUUACCUAAAGAUUCUGCAAAGUCAUUCCAGAGGCGAACUGCUCAUGGCCGCUGACCGACAGUGAAUCUAAAUGAAGGCGUGUCUAACUUGUUUCUUUUCCCGAUAUUACGAGAGUGCGCAUUGACCAUUUCCUUAAACCUGUUACAGAUAAGGGGCUGGGCAAGUCCCUUAACAUGUGUUAAAUAAACUCGAAUUUUUUUAAGGCUUGUCAAAAAACGCAAGGCACGCAAUCUGUCACUGGUUAAAAAUCUUGCGCUUAUUACGUUCGAAUGUUAAACCAGUUAUAAAACACUGCUGUUCGCGUUUUAAACAUUACUAAACACGGAACGCUUACAGACUAGAAAACGAUUGUUUUCCUUUUCCUACCUUGAGAUACAUUACCUUAGAAUUAAACACCAAAAACCAUUCACCACCAUAUGACAAUCAACUUGAACGAGAUGAAAUAAGAGUUAUAAAAGUUAAUUUGAAACAGUGUGAAUACAACGCUUUUGUGGCGUUUUCGCUCCAUGCCGUCGCAGUGGUGGUUGCUUAAUAUGCUCCUUAUAUGGAAAGAGACCGUGACUGAUAGGGAGAUCGGGUAUGCCAAACAUGGAGAAUAUGGACUCUACGCCUCCGACCGAGUUUAAUAAACUUUGGAGGGGCUAAACUGUAACGUCACUGAAAUUCGCAGUAGACUGCGAGAUUAAAACCGCACCAUUUGAAGAGAGAGUAACAUACCGCUAGCACGCAAGCUCAGAAAGAAAAAAACUUUAUAGGAGUUUGUUAUUUUGCGCUUUUCGGCCUGAUCAUUAUGAUAACAAUCUUCAAGCGUAUCUGACACUUGCUAGCUUGUUUUUAUAAAGGGAAGAUAAAAGAAGGAAAUGAAAUUGCAUGAAACUGCAGGCAAUGAAAAUAUCAAACAGGAAUAGUUCAUACUUCCUUUUGAGUUCAUGGGAAACCUAACUCAAGGGAUUUUGAAUCUCGACCUUGGUGCCAAAGUUCCAAGAAGGCAACCUCAUAACACAAGACCACUCAGUAACAAUUUUUUUUAGAGUUACAAAGGUGUGAAGUAAAAGUCUCUUACUACCGACACUACAACGUUUUUAUGAGCUCAAUUUUUUUUACAAUAACUGAGUUAUUGCUCGCACGCUGAUUGGCUAAUUUGUAUCAAUAAUAAGAGGACAGACAUAAAAUUUUAAUUUCUGCAAGACGGAACACCCGUAUAUAACAGACAGUCUCUAUAGUUUACCCGCUUAAUACGAACACCUCUUAAAAUGGACAACGGACACUUUUCUGUGUCCCGAGGCACAAACUCGCAUACAUUGUUAACCCUUACUAUUUACGGACAUUGGUUAUCUGCGCACUGUCUACUUUCCUUGUAACAAUCACGUGCUAAUCGUAGAUAUUGUACACUGUUCAAAUAAUGACAGGUUUCUUUGGGUUUAAGAAGCAGAAUAGCGUGAUAUAUUUGAUUUUAAGUCAGCCUUUCUUCCCGUGUUUGACCCUUGUACUAUAAUAGCCAUUUAAUAUAUUUUUUUCUGCUACAAAAGCUUCACUUCCUUGGCUUUUCGAAGCAGUCAUUUUUCCUACCCUUCUUCAUCUUUGUCUGCCAUAGUCCUUAGAUCAAUACAACAUGUGUCCUGGACGUUUUUUCGGAGAGCCUACUUAUUACGGCCAUCAGGAUGAUACGGACACCAAGGCAUUUCCCCUAAUUGUCCGUAUUAAUCAGGUUCUACUGUAGUUUCUUUUUUAAAAAAUAUAUUUUUUUACUCAUCCUUUUUUUCAAACAUCUGUUAUAGUGAAAAGAGAAUUGACGCCAGAUCAUAACAUUGUCAAAUUUUCUACUAGAUUGACUCGCCUGGGUCUCGUGUUACGGUGGGUCCACAACACUUCGACAAUGUUAUGAUGCAAUUUCAUCAUCAAGAAGAGGACAAACGAUAAAGAAACUAGCAUCGAUGUGAUGAAUUGGACCAAUUAUAUGCAUAAAAUUAUUAUUUAACCUACUAUUUCGCUACUUUAUCGUAUGUAGCAGAGACCACUCAUCCAUUUGCAGGCGCAGAUCGAGGCAGUUAAGAAUGCCUACAGAUAUAUUUGUCUCCCUUUCCCAUGUUAUUGCUUGACUGUAAGUCUACCAGUGUGUGAAAGUCAGUAACCAAUCCUCAAUUACUCGUACGCAGACAGAGAUCGCGACAGUGGUGGGCUGGUGCUGGGGGAUCUUAAAGGACGUGAAAAUUACCCACUUUGAAUCUGUUUAUGUACAGUAGAUAAAACUUUAUGAAACCAAUUAAACUACAAGGAAAACUAAAAUGGUAAAUAAUUGUCUAGCUUUUUAAAAGUUAAAUUAAUUCUCAUGAUAAUAAUUAUAAUCAUUAUUUUCUAUAUCAGAA